CCGCGCCCCUCCACCGGCCUCGCCGAGAUCCUCGUACUGGUGGGCGGCUGCGACCAGGACUGCGACGAGCUGGUCACCGUCGACUGCUACAAUCCGCAGACGGGUCAGUGGCGCUACCUGGCCGAGUUCCCAGACCACCUGGGCGGGGGAUAUAGCAUCGUGGCGCUGGGCAACGACAUCUAUGUGACAGGUGGCUCCGAUGGCUCCCGGCUCUACGACUGUGUAUGGAGGUACAACUCGAGCGUGAACGAGUGGACAGAGGUGGCACCCAUGUUGAAGGCGCGUGAGUACCACAGCUCUUCGGUGCUGGAUGGGCUGCUGUAUGUGGUGGCCGCGGACAGCACAGAGCGCUACGACCACGCCGCCGACUCCUGGGAAGCGCUGCGGCCCAUGUCCUACCCCAUGGACAACUGCUCCACCACUGCAUGCCGCGGGCACCUCUACGCCAUUGGAUCCCUGCCCGGCAAGGAGACCAUGGUGAUGCAGUGCUACCACCCGGACACAGACCUGUGGUCGCUGGUGGACUGUGGCCAGCUCCCGCCCUGGUCCUUCGCGCCCAAGACAGUGACGCUGAACGGGCUCAUGUACUUCGUCAGGGAUGACUCCGCUGAAGUGGACGUGUACGACCCCACGAAGAACGAGUGGGACAAGAUCCCACCUAUGAACCAGGUGCACGUGGGAGGCAGCCUGGCGGUGCUGGGCGGGAAGCUGUACGUGUCAGGUGGCUACGACAACACAUUUGAGCUCUCAGACGUGGUAGAGGCCUACGACCCCGAGGCCCGGGCCUGGAGUGUGGUGGGGCGGCUUCCGGAGCCCACCUUCUGGCACAGCAGCGUCAGCAUCUUCCGGCAGUUCAUGCCACAGACUCCUCUGGGCGGCCGCGGCUUUGAGCUGGACAGUCGCAGUGGUGAUGAGGACGCGGGCCAGCACCAGCCACCACGGAACCCUGGCGGGCUGCACUAGCCCUGGCCUGGCCCGGACAGGGCCUUGGUGUAGGGGCCCAGUGCCUCGGGGGCGGUGACCCCUCCUUCAGGUACAGGUGGAGCCCAGUGAGCCCAGGUCCUCGUUGCCUGGGGUUUUCUGUGCACUUCAGAGCCUGGGUCUCUGCUGCUGAAGCAGCACUGGCUGUGUGUGCUGCGCUGGCUCCUCUCCCUGGCACCCGGAGGGCCCCAGCUCACCUGCCUGCUGCCACCUCCUACCCUGGGGGCAGAGGGCAGAAGGUCCCCCAGUGGGGUCUGCAUGGCCUCCCUCCUACCUUCUCUGCUGGCCCUGGAGGUCCCACAUCCAAGCAGGGUCUGAGCGUGGUGUGUGAGCUUGAAGGGAGGUUGCAGAGCCCCCAAGUGCCUUAUGGCCAGUGCCAGGUCUCCCCCAACACCAGCCAGUGAAACCUCACUGGGCAAAGAGACUGCUUGGGGCUCUGUCCAGGCCAGGGGAGGAGGGGCAGACACCCACAGCGUGAGGUUACAGCUGCCCUCUGUCCUUGAGGCCAGCAAGGUCCACAGCGCUGCCCAGUGUUGUGAAGAACCCUGCUUGGGGAGGAGGCCUGAGCUGGAGUGGCCUUCCUGGUAGCUCUCAGUUUGCUCUUUACCAGAGGGGGAGUGGAGGGAGCCAGAGCCAAGAUGGCAGCAGGAGUGCCCAGGGAGAUGCAGCUUGGGGACCCCAGGUGAUUUGGCAGGAGCAGGACGUUUCCAUGGGUUAUUUGAUCCUUUCGAGGUUACAGAAGUGGCUUCCAUUUGGAUGUCACCCGCUCCUUCCCAGGGAAGGGCCUCAGGCCUGGUCAGGUGACAGGAAGGCUUCUUCCCAGGGACUGGACUCCUGCGAGUGAGUUCUCACCCGGACGCCAUCACCUAACAAGCUGUGCCCAAGCCCCUCAGCGGGCAGAUCGCAGGAGUUGUUGCCUUAAUUUCUCCCAGGCCACCAGGCAGGCUUUGUCAUGCCUAUCGCCUCCCUUUGGUGCCAGGUGCUGUGUGUGUGUCACUGCAUUUUAAAAAGUGCCCUGUCCAGUCUGCUUGGGGACACUGGCUAUUGCUGUCCUGAGUCAGCCUGGGUCCCUGCUCUUCACUGUGACUGGUGUCUCUCUUGCCCUACUGUCUGGCCACACAGAUGGGGCCUGGGUUUGUGUCCCUCUGUCUUUGCCCCAGAACUGCCUGGGUGCCACCAUCAGGCCAGACUUUGGGUUUGAAAGACUGAGCGGGCACUGGCUGCCCCCACAGCUUCUGUGGCCUGCAGACCCAGCCAGGGGCCUAGGAUCAGGGCUCUCCUCUGCAACCACAGGCUCCAUCUGGGUCCCCACCGUUAUAGAUGGGUUGGAGACAGGUGUUGGGCCACCUAGGAACAUGGCUUUCCUUACAUGACACGUGCACAGGGCUUUGUCCACAAGGCACCAAGUUAUGGGAGUUAAGUGGCAGGUGUGUAAGGCUGACCUGUAGCGUAUUCUAUAUUUAUGACUUCAGAGACUAAUGGACACAGCCGUCGUGUCCCACAUCAUCACACCCUAGAGGGUAGGCACUUGUGUAUUUAUUUUUGUCUCUUCAGUGGGCCUAAGUGUCCAGAAUCUUGUCUCCAGGUUUUAGGGUGCCUUGAAUACUUUUUGAAAUAAAAAUAAUUCCUAUUUUGUGUCUGCCUUUGUCUUCCUGCUGGUGGGUGAGGCAAAGGCUUGGGACUGAGUUCAUCACAGGAGGUGAAGCAGGAGAGAGGAGGGUCCAGAGCACGCUGGGGCCAAGGGGGGUUCACCUCCAAGCUGUUUUAGCACCCCCAGUACAGCACUUACAGGAGUGGGGUUCCUCGCCACAGUGGGAUGACUCUUGGGCCUAGGGUGGUGGAGGGGG